AUGGCAGCAGCAGCGGUGCAACGUAACUCAGGUGGUGUAUCAGCGAUAUCAAGUUCACGAGGUGGAGAUUCAUCGUCACCGCAGAGUAAUGGUUCAAUAUCGACAGCUGGUCGAGAUGUUUGUGUUGAAUUAUGUGUUGUUUGUGGAGACAAGGCAUCUGGACGGCAUUAUGGUGCUGUCAGUUGUGAAGGCUGUAAAGGAUUCUUUAAACGAAGCGUUCGAAAACAGAUUGGUUAUGUAUGUAGAGGAACUAAGGAUUGCCCGGUAACAAAAUUUCAUCGUAAUCGAUGUCAAUAUUGUCGAUUACGUAAAUGCUUAACGAUGGGAAUGCGAAGCGAAUCAGUACAAGCCGAACGACGUCCUGUCGGUACAGCACCGACAAACGAACCUGCUCCAACAAUGGUUCCGACCACUUCUGCUUCACAGACGGUACCAGCGAAAGAUAUUGGCUUGGUAUCGCCGAUAAAAUCUUCUAGUGCUUUUAUGAACGGUUUAUUGGCAAUAGUGAGGAAUGGAGUGGUCAGUGCACAGGAUGAUGACAAUAAAAAUUUGGAUAUACUUGAUGUCGGAGGCAGUAGUCCAAUGUCUUCUCAACGGCAACCAUCAGUCAGUCCAGAACCAUUUGCUAAAACAGUUAAACGAGAAUCUGUUGGGGAGGAUGAGUCAGGAAUUGAUGUUACUGCAGUUGGAGCAUCUGUAUCUUCGUCGCCAUCGUCUAGCGCAGCUGCGUCACUUAUAUCAGAUGAUAGCUGUUUGAUGAAUGCCGAGGUGACUAAGGUGAUUGAAAUUUUUCAGCGAGCAAAAUUUGAUUUGCCCGUACCGCAGCCAAUGCCUCGUGAGUUAAAUAUACAAUAUGUAUGCGAAACAGCUUCAAGAUUGUUAUUUUUGUCUGUACAUUGGAUGAAAAACGUUAAAGCCGUCAGUUCAAAUACGACGGUAUUGGAACAAGUAAUGAAGCGAAAAUGGUGCGAUCUCUUUGUUUUGGGUCUCAUGCAGUGUUCUAGUCAAAUAUGUCUCUCAAACAUGUUAACUGCGAUGAGUGAACAUCUAUGUGCAUGUUCAAGGAUUGGGCAGUUGAAAGCAGAACGAUUUGAAGAAGUGAACGAACAAAUUGGCUUGUUGAUGAAAUUAAUCCAACGCUUCAAUGAGCUCAAAUUAUCGUCAAUUGAGUUUGCCUACCUCAAGCUCAUCUCUUUCACCGCCAAUGAUAUGCCUGGUACAACACAAGAAAAUCUGAUGUCAUCACUGCAUACGCAGGCAUUUCAGGAGCUUUACGAGCAUAUAUUAUCGGUUGGUGCACCAAACUGUGAGGAAAGUACCUCGGAAAAUGACAGUGCCAGUGCAGCAACGGUAGCACCGGUGAACGUCUAUAGUACCGUGGAACGGUACAGUCAACUGUUGAUGCUGAUGCCGACGUUACGUUGGUUUAAGCAGUCUGUGCUGGUGGAAUUGUUUUUUUCAUGUCUUAUCGGUAGUCUAUCAAUUGAAGCAGUAAUGCCAUUCAUAUUGGCUAUGGAUGUUAUGAACAUAUUUGAUAAUCCAACAGGUAGCGAUUCAUUACCCGGCGCUCAGUCACUUGCAAAUAUGUUAUGUAAAAACGAUUGA